ACUUGCUAGUUUCCGUCAACUGUCGAGUUUAACAGAAUUUCUUCAUAUAUGUUUACUAUAAAUAAAGAGUGGUCGAGAGAAAGGGUGUUUUGUUGUUUAGAGGGAGACAAUGGACAGAGACUGUGACGAGGGUGAAGGUGGUGGGGGUGAUGGGUUGCCAGAGAUACCGAUGGAAGCGUGGGAGAUGAUAGAGAGAGUGAAAGAGAUUAUGAGAGAAUACACUGACGAUGAAAUCUAUGCCAUGCUUUUAGAAUGUGAAAUGGACCUAAACGAGACAGUUCAGAGGCUUUUGUCUCCAGAGACAUUUGAAAGGGUGAAGGAGGAACGUGAAAGGAGAAAAGAGGAAAAGAUCGCAGAAGAAAAAAGGCUUCAUGACAUUGGUAGCAGUUCAGAUUUUGGGGAUAGAGGUGGUAGUCAUCGUCAUUCUGAAAACACUUCCUACAAGGGAGAGAGUAGUGAUUCUGCUGCUGAUGAAUAUAAAAGACAAUCAAUAGGUGCAGGUGAUGCCAUCUCAUCUGCUCAAUCAUCUCAAGUAUUACAGCCUGCUCGCCCAGGGGCCAGGGGACGUGCUUCAGUGGCUGAUAUUGUGAGGAGGGGCAGACCAGGGACCAGGAGACAUGUUUCAAAGGCUGAUGUUGUAGGGAUGGGCGGACCUGGUGCCAAUACUUCCAGCCUGCCAAUUACGUCAACUGGAACUUCUCCCCCUCUUGUUGGGGCAGUACCAGAACAAUGUGGUGUGCCCAAUACUUCCAGCCCGCUAAUUACAUUAGAUGAAGCUUGUUUCCCACCUCUUGGAAGAACACCAAAACGAUCCUCUUACCAUGUCACUCCUCCCUUUGUUCCGUCACCAGUGGAGGCAGAACCACACCAAGCUUUGCAUUCUCCAAAUCCUUGUGAUACAGCUGAAAUGUCCCAGGACUGCCAGCCACAUGAGGUCGAAGCAUCUGUAUCCAGUGAACAAUUGGCAGAGUAUAGCGCUUCAGUUUCAUCAGCUGCUGCAGGCUUAGAGAAACUAAGUAUGGAAAAAGGCGAAACACUGUCUGGUCUCCCUACUGCCCAUUCUAGUUUACAUAAAUUAAACCGCUUACAAUGUGAAUUGGGAGAAGCCACUGGUGCACUAGUAGAUGAUUCAUCAUCUGGAAAUUUGGACUUCAGAAAUCCAGAGAAUCAUGGUGAUGAGCAGCCCAGAAUCAUACCUGAUGCUGAUAGAGAAAAUUCUGCAUCAUCUUGUGCAAGGGAGAGGCAAGGGAUUGUGGGUCCUUCACUUUCGAGUGAAGCGCAUGCAUAUUCAGAUUCUCUACCAAGUUUCCAGGAGCCAACUGAAUAUUCUUCAAGAGAAUCUGAAUUCUUCUUGCAGUUCAUGGCAGAACAAAUACAGUCCUUAAGACACAGCAGUGGAGGAUCAUACAGCAGCAGACCAACUAAUUUCGUGCCUGAGGAUGUUAGACAGGACACCUUUUCUGUAUCUGGGCUACCUUCUCAAGCUUUGCCUAGCAUCCACAUUGCUCCAGAAACUACACUUCCUAGGCCAUUUGCAUUGGACCCUGACACUCAACAUUCAGUUUCCUUGGAACAUUCUGAUAACAUGCUUGCUGGCCCUUCACCUGCUCAAAGCUAUGCAAGUAUUCCCUCCACUUUUCAGCAAGCACAUACAGAUGAAGAUUUAUCCCAUCUACUUUUGCCGGAAUUAUUGCAAGAUAUUCAACAGUACAGAAAUCGUGCUCCAGAAACUACACUUCCAAGGCCAUUUGCAUUGGACCCUGACACUCAACAUUCAGUUUCCUUGGAACAUUCUGAUAACAUGCUUGCUGGCCCUUCACCUCCUCCAAGCUAUGCAAGUAUUCCCUCCGCUUUUCAGCAAGCACAUACAGAUGAAGAUCCAUCCCAUCUACUUUUGCCGGAAUUAUUGCAAGAUAUUCAACAGUACAGAAAUCGUGCUCCAGAAACUACACUUCCUAGGCCAUUUGCAUUGGACCCUGACACUCAACAUUCAGUUUCCUUGGAACAUUCUGAUAACAUGCGUGCUGGCCCUUCACCUCCUCCAAGCUAUGCAAGUAUUCCCUCCGCUUUUCAGCAAGCACAUACAAAUGAAGAUCCAUCCCAUCUACUUUUGCCGGAAUUAUUGCAAGAUAUUCAACAGUACAGAAAUCGUGCUCCAGAAACUACACUUCCUAGGCCAUUUGCAUUGGACCCUGAUACUCAACAUUCAGUUUCCUUGGAACAUUCUGAUAACAUGCGUGCUGGCCCUUCACCUCCUCCAAGCUAUGCAAGUAUUCCCUCCGCUUUUCAGCAAGCACAUACAAAUGAAGAUCCAUCCCAUCUACUUUUGCCGGAAUUAUUGCAAGAUAUUCAACAGUACAGAAAUCGUGCUCCAGAAACUACACUUCCAAGGCCAUUUGCAUUGGACCCUGACACUCAACAUUCAGUUUCCUUGGAACAUUCUGAUAACAUGCUUGCUGGCCCUUCACCUCCUCCAAGCUAUGCAAGUAUUCCCUCCGCUUUUCAGCAAGCACAUACAGAUGAAGAUCCAUCCCAUCUACUUUUGCCGGAAUUAUUGCAAGAUAUUCAACAGUACAGAAAUCGUGCUCCUGUGAGUCACUUGGCACAACCUCCUGCUGGUUAUGGAAAUUUUGGGGGUCCCACCAACAUUCCUCCUGCUGGCCAUCGAAGUUUUGGGGCUCCCACCUACAUUCCUCCUGCUGAUCAUCGAAGUUUUGGGAGUCCCACCUACAUUCCUCCUACUGGCCAUCAAAGUUUUAGGAGUCUUGCCUACAUUCCUCCUGCUGGUCAUCGAAGUUUUGGGCGUCCCACCUACAUUCCUCCUACUGGCCAUCAAAGUUUUAGGAGUCCUGCCUACAUUCCUCCUGCUGGUCAUGGAAGAUUUGGGAGUGCCACCUACAUUCCUCCUGCAGAUUAUGGAAGUUUAGGGAGUCCCAGCAACAUUCCUUCGAGAUUUCUGAACAAUUUACCUGCUUCCAUGAACUUGGAUGAAUUUUUAAGGUCCAACGAGGGAGCUCAUUUCAACCCUCAUCAGGGUGGGAGUUCUGCUACCUGGGUUCGUGGGCCUGGUGGUUCAAGGGCAAUACCUCCAGCUGCAGGCAGCACUCAUUAUUAUGGUUUGCCGGAACAGAAUCAACAGUACCCCAGAGAUGAAGGGAAUCAGCGGCUCUUGCAACAGCAUAGAUCUCAAGGGUACCAAACUCCUGAUGGAUCUCAAUCAAGGGACCCACGAGGACGAUGGCCAUGACAUGGUCGAAGGUGAUCAAUCACCCUAGAUAUGGAAACACGACUAAGAACAUUUUGUUUCAUUUCUUCUUUUCAGUUCUUUUUGCCCAAAGGCAUUAUCAUGAUUUUGAUAGAGGUGUGAAUCAAUCAAAGGCUUCAUUAGAGUUCAGUUAGCCAGUUUAUUACCAUACCUGGGUCUAUCCAAUUGUACAUAGUUGAAAGAGAAGUGUACUGGUUUUUGUCCCAUUUACCUUUGAUUUGUAUUCUACCAAAUUUACUGAGCUUAGAGCUAGCUUGAUCAUUUGAAUUUUUUCAAUGCAAAAAGACUUUCAGUUUCCUGUUAAA